AUGAACCUUUAUGCAGGCGCGGCAGAAGCUGCCACCACCACCACCACCACCGCAGACAUGGACGAGACACAGAUUCCCGGCACCGUGCUCCUGGUCGACCUCGAGCACACGGCGGCCACGCAGCACGCGAGCGACAGCCGCGACAUUAUCCUGGUACCGACGCCGUCGCGGGAUCCCAACGACCCUCUCAACUGGUCCGUCGGCCGGAAACGACUACAUCUCCUCUGUCUCAUGAUCUUUGUUUUAUUCAACGGCAUGGCCCUCUCCGUUGUAUACUCUGUCUUGGUACCGCUGUCGACCGCUCUCGGCGUCACUGUGGGCGACUUAAACGCCGGUACGGGUUACAUGUUUCUACUGCUAGGCUGGUCCCUGCUCUUCUGGCAGCCCUUUGCGCUGCAGUACGGCAAGCGCUUCACUUACCUCGCCUCGAUGCUAGGCAUUGUCGCCAUCUCGUUUUGGAGCCCCCACGCCCAGGGCGGCGGGCAGUGGAUCGCUCGCAACAUUGUCACCGGCUUCGUCGCCUCGCCCAUUGAGUCGCUGCCCGAAACCUCCAUCACCGACAUUUACUUUGCGCACGAGCGCGGCACCUACAUGGGCUGGUACGCCUUUAUGCUCGCCGGCUCCAACUACCUCGCGCCCGUCCUCUGCGGCUUCAUCAGCGACGGGCUCGGCUUCCGCUGGCCCUUUUACAUCAUGGGUCUCUUUUCCGCCGCCAGCUUCCUCUUUCUCUUCUUCUUCAUGGAGGAAACCAACUAUUCCCGCGGCAGCGUCGGCAUCGUCUAUAAUACCGCUGAAGAGGAAGCCGCCGCCGCCGCCGCAGUCUCUUCCUCAUCACCUGUCAAAAGCGCCGCCGAGAUGGAGACAGCAGGGUACGCCGACAAUAUCAGCGGCGCAGGCAGCAUUUACACGCAAUAUCCCCCCGAAAAGACGUUUGUGCAAAAGCUCGCCCUGUUCAGCGCGGGCCGCAACAACAACAACAACAACAACAACGGUGACAAGAAGAAGCAGCCGUUUCUGAUGCAUCGGCGCGCGUGGCAGGCGCUGCGCUAUCUCUCGUGGCCGACCGUCUUUUACUCGGGCUUUGCCUACGGCACGUACCUCAUCUGGUUCAACAUCUUCAACGCCACGGCCUCCGUCAUCCUCAGCGGCCCGCCGUACCACUUUCAGCCGAGCAUCGUCGGCCUCUCGUACCUGUCCUGCAUCGUCGGCGUCAUCGUCGGCGCCGCCUACACGGGCGUCUUUUCCGACUGGUUCGUCAUCCGCAUGGCGCGUCGCAACGGCGGCGUGUACGAGCCCGAGCAGCGCCUGUGGCUCUUUUCCGCGACAGCCAUUCUUGUUCCAGCCGGUCUCAUCCUCUGGGGCGUAGGGGCCGCGCACGGCAUCCACUGGUUCGGUCUCAUCGUCGCCAUGGCCAUUCUCGCCCUCUGCAGCUGCGUCGGCAUCACCCUCGCCAUUGCCUACCUCGUCGACUCCUUUCGCGAGAUUUCCGGCGACGCGCUCGUCACCCUCAUCCUCGUCCGCAACACCAUGAGCUUUGCCAUUUCCUACGGCAUCACGCCCUGGCUUGAUGCUCUCGGGCUGCAAAACUGCUUCAUCAGCGUCGCCUUUGUCGCGCUCGCCAUCUGUAGCAUCUUUUUGCCCGUCAUCUGGUAUGGCAAGAGGCUGAGGGCGGCCAAGCGUGAGAGCUACUGGAGCGAGGUCAAGAUGCGCAUUGCGUGCAAUGCGAAUUAA